GUUUGAUAUUAGCAAAGGUCAGCAGAGAAUGGGACGAUGCACAUUCGAGUAGAUAAAGGUCAGCAAUAAUCACUAGCCUAUCAUCGCUUGAAAGUAUCUCGAAUUCAAGAUGGUCGAUUUGCUCGGUACAGCACUUCGCGUCAUUGCUUUCAUACUCUUCUUCGUUUUGCUCAAUGUCGUCCGCCAACUACUCUUUACCAACAAGAAUGAGCCGCCUGUGGUCUUCCACUGGUUCCCCUUCCUCGGCAGUACAAUCACAUAUGGCAUGGCACCGACAGACUUCUUCGCCGACUGUCAAAAGCGCUAUGGCGACAUCUUCACCUUCAUCCUCCUCGGACGCAAGACAACAGUCUACUUGGGUCUCGACGGGAAUGAGUUCAUCCUGAACGGCAAACUCAAAGAUGUCAAUGCCGAAGAAGUCUAUGGUCCCCUUACCACUCCUGUCUUCGGUCCUGACGUCGUGUACGACUGCCCGAAUUGGAAACUCAUGGAGCAAAAGAAGUUUGUGAAGUUCGGGCUUACACAACAAGCACUGGAAUCGCAUACUCAGUUGAUCGAGCAAGAGGUCCUCGACUAUAUCAAGACGUCCCCCAGACUCAAGGGUCAGUCCGGCAUUAUCGACAUUGCUGCCGCUAUGGGCGAGAUCACAAUUUUCACCGCUGGUCGUGCUUUACAAGGAGCAGAAGUCAGGAAGAAGCUCACAACGGAGUUCGCAGAAUUAUACCAUGACCUCGACAAAGGCUUCAGUCCGAUAAACUUUAUGCUCCCCUGGGCACCGUUGCCUCACAAUAAGAAAAGAGAUGCUGCUCGAAAUAGAAUGAGAGACAUAUACCUAGAUAUCAUCAAGGAACGCCGCAGCAAAGGCACGAGCCAACAGUCGGAUAUGAUCGCCAACCUCAUGGGUUGUGCAUACAAAGACGGCACACCAGUUCCGGACGAAGAAAUUGCACACAUGAUGAUUUGCCUUCUCAUGGCAGGCCAACACACCUCCUCAGCAUCCAGCUCCUGGAUCUUCUUCCGUCUAGCCUCCGAACCCGACUUCGCAGAACAACUAUACCGAGAACAACUCCAGAAUCUUUCACCCAACAACAAAGACUUACUUCCUCUCAAAUAUUCAGACAUGGCAAAGUUACCACUUCUGCAAAACACAAUCAAGGAGACUCUUCGCCUUCACGGCUCCCUCCACUCCAUCAUGCGAAAAACAAUGACCCCACUCCCAGUUCCAGGAACCGACUUCAUCAUCCCUGCCUCCCACACCCUCCUCGCUUCUCCAGCCAUGACUUCCAUCUCCCCCACCUUCUUCCCAAACCCCCAAAUAUGGAACCCUCACCGCUGGUCAUCCUCCUCAGACCCACCAGAAACCACCGAAGACAUCGCCGAAGACGACAAAAUCGACUAUGGCUAUGGAAUCGUGUCCAAAGGCACCAAAAGUCCGUAUCUACCUUUUGGAGCUGGUCGGCAUAGAUGUAUUGGUGAAAAGUAUGCGUAUUUGCAAUUACAAGUUAUUGUGUCUGUUUUGUUGCGUCAUUUCAGAUUUGAGAAUGUUGAGGGAGUAGAGGGGGUGCCGAGGACGGAUUAUUCGAGUUUGUUUGCUAGGCCGAAGUUGGGGAGUUUUGUGAGAUGGGAGAGGAGGUGAUUGAACUAAUAUAGUUAGGAGAGCAUUUGGUCGAGAAUAGAUGAGAAAUUGAUGAAUAGCUGUACAGG